GAGAAACACACCAAGGGUGAGCGGUAGAGAAAGGGAGAGAGAGAAGGCUUAAGAGGAGGCAUAAAAAUCAAAAGCAAGGAGAGUGAGGAAGAGAGACACAAGGAAAGUGUGCCUACACAAGGACUCAAGUUUUAGACAGUACUGGAUCUGUUGUUACGUCUUGGGAUUAUGAAAAUGCACAAAGGAGGAAGCUACUCUGUUCUCGACGGCUCUGAACUGGUGUGGACCUAAUCUGCGACAGUUUAGCUGUUUUGAGUUUUAGUCUGAAACUUUUUAUUAGUUCACCUGAAACUCCACAUGCCCAACAGGCUUCCAACCUGCUCAAAUGCAUCUAACUGUGGAUCGUAACUUUCUCCUGCUGGAUUCAUGAGCCAGAUGACCCACUACAACGCAGUCCACAUUAUCUACAAAGCAAAGGUGAAGAGCGUGUGCGUUUUUGUACUCCUGUAUCUUCCCCUCUCAAUGAUGGACAUCCCUGGACCCUGUAGGCACUCCAUAACCAAAGAUCACCUGCUUCAAAUAAAACAUUUGAUCAAUAACCAGCUGCGGAAUGGAUGUUCAAUAACCUACAGAUUCACAGAGAGGAAAAAUCUGAGUGCAGUGUGUUAUGUGAAGGCAGCAUUACCACGUGUGUUGGACUUGCUGAGCGCUCACUUCAAAUAUCCACGAGGCUCAGACAGUGCUCUCUCAGUCCUCUCCCUACAGAAACUUAUCCUCAACAUCUACUCACAGCACUGUGUGCCUGCUCUCAACGAGGAGCUCGAGGAGGACCCAGCAGGAUUUGAGAAACAGUUUACUGAUUCUCCUGUGCGAGCCCUGCAAAGAGCUGAAGAGGUGCUCGCUCUCUACCAACAGCUCAUCACACACACGCACACGUUUGUGGACUGGAGCUGCGAAACAGAAUACAGCAGUUAUACAGCUGUGACCAUUACAGAGCUGCCCACCAGCACAGAGGCUGCUCUAGGACUGCUGGGACAGAUUCACCAGGGCUCCUCUGAAGAGGGCUUCUACAGACUGGGCUUCAUAGUGUUAUCCAUAGUGAGUGGGGGGCUUUUCCUCAUUCUCAUGGUUUACUGCCUCAAGGACAGAAAGAAACUUCAAGCUCAUGUUCCAAGAACAACUCUGGAUUUAGACAGGGCAGAUGUCUAUCCAGAGAGUGAGGGGAUGUAUCCUCUCAGCAGCCCUUCGUCUAACGGAUCUGAUGUCUGACUUCCAACAAGAGAAGCCCAUCUGGUGAACAGUCUAUGGGUUUUCACAUCUGGUAUACAGUCAUUCUUUGCAUAUUCAUCAAGAAGACUACAUGUUAAUGGACACUGUAUAUAUGUAAAUACACAGUGCACUGUACAUGUAUUUAUGAAUAUUAUCCAAAAUAAAAGUUAAUAGUUAAAGCGUUUUAAGAAUAAUGCAAUCUUGAUGAUGUAUGAUGCUCAAAUUCAGAAUCUUAAACGGUCUCCCUUUAUGAUUACACAGACUGGAGUGCAGUUACCUAAUCUGUCUCAGAUGUUUCUAAAACAUUUUUCUUAAUAUUACAUUACAGCAUUAUAUCAAGAUGUUUGUGCAGUGUCUACAGGCUGUAUGCAUUACUUGUAGAGUGUAACAAUAGACUCAUCGUAAACAAAACUUCAUUCAGUUCAAAACACGCUAACUUUACUAGGCGAUGUUUUAAGAGAACUAUGGAGUUGUCAAUGUUUUAAGUCUAACCAUAAAGGGACAACCUGGUUUAUGGUCCAGCCACAGAAGUGUAAACAUUAGCUUCUUUUCCAACAUAAAAAUUUAAGUUACUGCACAUCUAAUAAUGCUGCUACUACAUCUUUAAAC